AUGGUGUCUGCUCAGUUUGAGUCCACUCGGGUGCAUCCGCGUCGCCGGCCCGUCAUAAACACCUCGCUCCCCUCGCUGGCCCCCGAGUCGGAGUCGAGUACUUCCAAGAUGCAACUGAAGAAGGGCGAGACGUUCCACACUUCAACGAACCCGCCGUCAAAUGAUCGUGAUCCUGUCUUAGAUAUCCGGUCUCUUCCUCGUCGCUCGCCGACCUCUCUUGAGGCCAUCGCCGCCAGCGAACAGCGUAUGGCGUCCAUUCUUGAGCGCUUGACCCUUGACGACCAGCCAGAGGAGAAGUCGUCCUCUGCUGAUGACCUCCUCAGCACUCGUAGCGUCGAUGAGGCUUGUACGGAGACACGGUCUCCCGUAUUAUCGACACUUCAGCCGUCCAGUGAGGAUGGGCACGAGCUGUUCCCGGUGAAGAAGGAGCAGCAACAGCAAGAUCAGAGCACCGAGUCCGACAGUGGACUGGGCUCGUCGGUUAGCAGCCGCGAAACACUCUCGGACCCGACCGAGAAAGCCCCACCCAACUUCCCCAUUAGGCUGCCUGCGUUAACAUGGACCAUUGUGGUAGUGAAUAAUGGUAUUCACAAUGGACAAUCGGCCAUCACCACUUCUAUCUCUCACUUCGAUGAAGGCUCUACCCCCAGGCGCCAAUUAUCUAUUACUGCCUGUAAACAGAUCGAACGCUAUCUUCUCGUCCCAAUUCUCAAAGAGCCCAGACUCAAGCCUUUCCACCCACUUGUGAAGAGCGUCCCGACCCGAAUCGGGAACAAGCAGAUUGUGUGCCUCAGAGACCUCGAGAAGAUUCUCUUGUGGCUGGCUCCUAAAUUCUCGGCGUCUCGCUCCUCGUACCUGAACUUCUGCGAGUUCACGAUUCAGUGUCUGCACACUUCAGCUUCUCACCUGAACGACCGCGACCAAAGACUGCCCGCUGAUCGCCCAUACACUAACGGCUACUUCCUCGAUCUUGUCUCCCAGGUUCGUCGCUACGCGGCCAUGAUUCAGGCCAACCGCCAGCGGGUCCAGGCGGCCCAGAGCGCCCAGUCCGAUGAGAAGAAGGUGGAGCCCACUUUGCUGUCCAGCGCUGCCCUCGAGGGUGGGCUCUCCAAGAACGGCCGCCCUGUCGAGCUGGUCAUCAUGCAGGAUGGCAAGCCUAUCUCCUUGGCUACCGGCCUACCUUACGAUAUGGAUGCCCCACCCACCUUCAAACGGACCAUGACUCUCGAUGAGAUGGCCGAUGAGGGAGUCAUGCGCUCCAUGGCUCGCCGCAAGAAGAACGCCCCUCCCAUGGAUAUCAAUCAGAAGUGCUCUCACUGCGAGAAGGUCUUCAAGCGUCCCUGCGACCUGACCAAGCAUGAGAAGACUCACUCUCGUCCAUGGAAGUGCACUGAUGUCACUUGCAAGUACAACCAGAUUGGCUGGCCGACUGAGAAGGAGCGUGAUCGCCACAUGAAUGACAAGCACUCCUCGACCCCAGCCAUCUUCCGCUGCACGUUCCCACCCUGCACGUACCAUUCGAAGCGUGAGAGCAACUGCAAGCAGCACAUGGAAAAGGCUCAUGGCUGGAUCUACGUCCGUUCGAAGAACAAUGCUCGGGCUGGUAGCAGCAAGCGUGGCUCUUCUCUGCAGGCUACUCCCGGCACCCCCAGCGUGUCUACUCCUGCUUCUCGCCAGACCGACUUCCCCACUCCGAGCCUGGGCACGACCCCGUCUCCCCACGAGCCUGCCAUGUUCCCUGACACUCUCCACUUCAACUUCGCGGAUCCUCCUGCGCCGGCUCGCAGCGAUGAUUUCCCGCCUUUCUUCGAUACUGGUUUCGACAAUUCGCCCUACCCAUCUUCCUCUUCUGCGGGGAUGAGCAAUGACCUGAACUUCCCCUCUACAUUUAACCUCGACAACUUCCAGACUCAAUUUGAGGCCGGUGACCCCAAUAGCCUCAUUCCUCAGCUGGAAAUGCACCGCCAGUCGAUGAAUUCGAUGUCGGUUCCCUCGACCGAGUCAGUUCCCGACCUCAUGGGUCCUUCCCUCUCCUUCGACGGGUCUCCCCUAGCCACCACCGACAACACCAGCAUGAAUUUUGAUCUUGACUGGAGCAAUUUGGACAUGUCCAACAUCACCGACGACUUUACUGCGUUCCAGAUGCAGCUGCCCACCCCUGCCCUCUCGGAGAACCAGGGCCAAGGCUACAAGGCGUUCCCCAACGACCCGAUCAUGAUGAACCGGGCUCCCGAUAACCAACUCGCGGGUGCUUCUGUGAAGGUGUCGGGCCUCUCUCCGGGUGCUCAGGGUAACUUGAUGCUCUACUCUCCUGACUCGGGCAUGUCGGAUGGUAAACUCGCCGGCACCUAUCAGUACGGUCUUCCCAAGGUCCAGCAGCCCGCUACCGACUUCACUCUCUACAGCGACCCCACUCCUCAGAUGCGCCCUGCCAUGCACCCUGCCAUGCAGUCCAACCAGCAGACACGCCAGCAUGCAUCUCAGGCCCAGGGCCAGAACCCGAUCCAGACGCAGUUCGUCCAGCAGCAGCAGCAGCAGCACCUCCGGCAGGGACAGCCGCAGCCACAGCCGAACGCGGCCAUGUUCCCGCCGCUCAACGACCGCGAUCUUGCGCUCAUGAAUAUUCACUCCUGGACCGAGACUCAACAAGCGAUGAACCCCGAGGCUUACUUGCCCCACGACAUGGAUCUGGAGUUCAUGAAGAUGGAGUAG